AUGAUCGAGGAGAAGGGCAUGGCUCCCCACGCAGUCCAGCAGGGCUCGAAGCCUUCCCGGAGAGCCGCCCGCCCCGCCAACAUCAAGAUACCCUCUCUGUUUACGGAACGCGACGAGGAAUCCGACGAUGAGUACGCAACGCAAGUCCGACGGGCCGCAGGUGGUAUUUGGAAGAGGGCAGUUGGCCCUGGGCACGAAUUCGCCGACAGGGUAGAGGCACGAUCAGACAGCGACAGCGAUAAUCCGAAGAGGAAACAGAAACUCAAGAACCCUCCUCCCCAACAACAACAGGAGCAACCGUCAAGCCCGGAUACACCAAAGGCGAGUCUCAGGCCAUCGAAUAACCUUCAGAACGGCACGCCACUGCCCGUGGCAACUCUCCGGCCCGCACCGGCAGUAUCAGCCCGUCCAGUGGCUUCAUUUCCUCCGGCUAUUCAGUUGCCCCAGGUAUCAGCGCCUCCAUUGCGAGUAUCAGCGCCUCCCAAGGCUACACCUUCAUCUCUGCCGCCUGCGUCCACGGUACCCAACCCUCCUCCCCGAGCGGCUCCAGCGGCAUCAGUCCCUCCCGCCUUCGAAACUCCAGCAGCUCACCCUGAGAUUCCUGUACAGCGUCCCCCCGAGCCUGAAGAGCCUCCACCACCACCACCACAAUCACCACUACCACCGCCUGUUUUGGCACCAGCAGAGCCCGACCCGCCGCCACCACCGCCUCCUGAGGAGCCUCAGCCAGGACCACCCCCAGCGACGAUGACAGUCACGGCCCCAGCACGUACUGUCACGUUGAUCUCGACCAUGAUGCCAUCCAUGGAUCCUCCUACGCCCAAGAAGCCAAAGUAUCCCACGCCUUCAGCCCCAACACCUUCUGCUCCGCCCCCGACUACUGGUCUGCCGCCUCUGCCAUCCCUCGAACCGUCUGCGCCCAGGAAGGGUAUUGAUGGACAUCCAACGCCCACAGUUACUGCCACAUUAGCAUCAGCAGUGAUUCCGGCGGAGACCAUCUCAGCUCUUCCUGGGCAGACUGGAAGCCGGGAUAAGGACGACGGCAGACCGCCACGUAUGAACCCGGAAACCGAGCACGCUUUGAUCGCGGUCGGUUCUAUCGGGUCUUUCAUUUUUGCGAGUUUCCUCUGCUGGAUCGUGUGGAGGACAUUUAAGAGGGCAGCACGAAGGAAGAGGGACAGAGAGUCUGCCUACCGUGGCGACACCCCCGGUUUCGGAUCCAAGAUUCCCUUCUUCAGGAAUCGUUCAGUGGGUGGCGGAUGGGAAAACCUGGACGGCCGGAGCCAGCCGCCUCAGUACGAGAAGGGAGUUGGGCCUAGAGGAACCCUGCGAUUGAACACGGACGUCUACUCUGGAAAGCCGAUCGGCAACUUUGGCCCCGGCUCAGCGUCUGCAUAUGGUGGCCAGUACAUGUCACCGGCCGAUAACAGGGGCAGCCCGAUGACCAUGAGCCCGUCAGGCACGAUUCAGAUGCGGGCCAACCAACCCAUUAUGAACGGACAAGGCACCUUCAACAGCCAAACGGGCACCUACACCAGCCAGGUCGACACUUUCAACACCGGCGUUGGCACAUACAACACACAAACGGGCACGCUCAUCAGUCACGCGCCCAGCCAGUCCUUGACACACAUCAUUGGACAAUACGGCACCCCCACCGAUCCUAACAUGACCCUUCGCUCGGGUAUGGGAGCUGGAGCCUUCUUCAAUCAAUCAGAAUUGGCUCGUCAACCAUCAGACGCUUAUGAUCCCAACAGACGACAAGUCAACCGGGCGAGUGAGCUGUCUUCGAUUUCGUCCGGUUUUGGUGACGGGGAUAUUGUGGUACCUGGCAUGGCACUGCAACCACCACCCCCAAUCAGGCAGAGUCAAACCGGUCGGUUCUCGUGGAUGAGUAAGAGCAACCGUGACACUGUAUACACCGAGACGAGCGAAGACUUGCCACCAAGAUUCCGAUCUGUUAACAGCUGGGUCAACCAGCAAACAGGUCGCAUCAAGAGAGCGCAGGCACGGCCAGAAACCGACGAAGAUGUUCCUCCCGUACCCGGACUUCCGGCCGGGACGGGACAGAACGGCCUGCCCCCCGAACCUCAAUUUACCAUGAUGAUGCCUGACGGAGAAGUACCCCGACGGCCCGAUCUGAAUUCCAAUGCGUCGUAG